CUCACGAAUACCUCUCUCUCUCUCUCUCUCUCUCUCUCGCUCGCUCUCUAAUGGCGGCCGAGAAUGGUGGCUUCAAGUAGCAGCAGCAACCAGCAGCAACCCGCUCGAUUUAUCGUCGUCUUUAUAAGACCCAGUCCUCUGUUUUGACGUUUCCUUUAGUCCCCUUUUUCAAAAUCCCCAUUCGACAUUUCUCUCUUCUCCAUACAGACCCCCCCUCUUCGUCUCCCUCCCUCCCUUCUCUCUCUCUCUCUCUCUCUCUCUCUCUUGGUUUUCGUGUUCCACUCAAACUUUCCUUAAAGCCCUUCUUUCUCUCUCUCUCUCUCUCUCUCUCGUUCCAAUAACUCUCUCGGCUCAAGGACAACUACCGAGCUCCCCAAGAUACCUUCUUGAGAUCUGUGGCUUUCGUUUCGAGCCAGAAAGGCAAGAGCUUUGGUGGGUUUUUGUGUACUUGGGGCUAAACGAUUUCUGGGUUUCUCUUCAGUGGUUGAGAUCUCGCCAGUGCGAAGAGAAAAAAAAAAUGACGAGUAAAUGGAGGAAAGCCAAGCUUGCUUUGGGCUUGAAUCUGUGUGUCUAUGUCCCCAGAACUCUGGAGGACCCGCCCUCCAACAAUCUUGAUGCUUCGACUGAUAGAUUGUCAAAUGCUGCCUUGCUUUCGCCAGCGAAUUGGGACGUGGAUGGUCCGAGGCCCAUGACACCCAUGACACCAACUCCUUCCUCUCAGGGCCUGAAGUUGUAUAGGAGUGGAAGCAAGUCGUCCAAGACUUGCUCCAUUUGCUUGAACAAAAUAAAACAAGGAGGAGGCCACGCUAUAUUCACCGCCGAGUGUUCCCACUCGUUCCACUUCCACUGCAUAGCUUCAAAUGUCAAGUAUGGGAACCAAAUCUGCCCAGUCUGCCGGGCAAAAUGGAAAGAGAUCCCGUCACAAGUACCGUGUCUGGACCCUGUCCCGCGAAGUGCAUCGAGAAAUCCCGCACAUUGGGCCCACGAUGAUGCUGUGGUGACCAUGCUUCGCCCUCCGCCCCGACGUGAUACGCAUCGGCGCCACAUUGUUCCCCUAUUCCAGGCUCCAGAGCCUGGAGUAUUUGAUGAUGACGAACCCUUAGAUCUGCAACCUGUGGUCGCAGAAAAGAACUCCCACGGUGAAGUUGCAGAUGGGAAUUCCUCGAGAAGUUUGGAGGUCAGGGUGUAUCCUGAAGUUUCAGCUAUGCCACGGUCCAAUUCUCGAGACAACUUCUCCGUCCUGGUCCAUCUUAAAGCAGUUGCAGUUGCUGGGAGACAAAGCCCGAGUCAGAAAAAUGUUAGCCUCCCACAAGUCGUGCAAGCCCCACGUGCUCCCAUUGACCUGGUUACGGUGCUUGACAUCAGUGGUAGCAUGGCAGGUACUAAACUGGCAUUGCUAAAACGUGCCAUGGGGUUUGUUAUUCAGAACCUUAGCUCAGCGGAUCGACUCUCUGUGAUAUCGUUUUCAUCCACUGCUCGGCGCCUCUUCCCCCUCCGCCGCAUGUCUGACGUAGGACGGCAGCAGGCACUUCAAGCCGUGAAUUCCUUGGUGGCAAAUGGCGGGACCAACAUCGCUGAAGGCCUAAGAAAGGGUGCUAAGAUAAUGGCUGACCGGAAGCAGAAAAACUCAGUGGCAAGUAUUAUACUGUUGUCCGAUGGACAAGACACUUACACCAUUGGCGGCUCUGGCGAAAAUCAUCCUCAACCAAAUGGUCACCCACUUCUCCCCUUGUCCAUCAAUGGAAGUGACAACAGUGGGUUCCAAAUACCCGUGCAUACUUUUGGAUUUGGCACUGAUCAUGACUCUUCAGCUAUGCACUCCAUAUCAGAGACAUCUGGAGGCACAUUCUCCUUCAUCGAGACAGAGGCUGCGAUUCAGGAUGCCUUUGCACAAUGCAUCGGUGGCCUACUCAGUGUUGUUGUGCAAGAGUUGCAAGUAAAGAUCGAGUCUUUGCACCCAAGCUUGAAAAUUGGUUCUCUAAAAGCAGGAAGUUACCCAAGCCGUGUGAUGGCCGAUGGAUACUUGAGUAGCGUUGAUGUGGGGGACCUGUAUGCUGAUGAAGAGAGGGAUUUUCUGGUUUCUAUUAACAUUCCCGCAGAGGCUUCAAGCUCCGAAACAUCACUUUUGAAUGUCAGGUGCAUAUAUAGGGAUCCUUUUACAAAAGAGUUGGCUUCGACUGAAGGCGAAGAAGUCAUGAUAAAGAGAACUGAGAUAGCCGGAGAAGAAAUGGUCUCAAUAGAGGUUAAUAGGCAGCAAAACAGGGUCCAAGCGGCAGAGGCGAUGGUGCAGGCUCGUGCUGCAGCUGAGCAAGGAGACCUGGCUGUUGCUGCCUCUAUUCUUGAGAACUGCCGUAAUGUUCUUUCUGAAUCCUUGUCAGCUAAAUCUGGUGACCGCCUGAGCAUGGCUUUGGACGCGGAGCUCAAGGAAAUGCAAGAGAGAAUGGCAAGCAGGCAUGUUUAUGAGGCUUCAGGUCGAGCAUAUAUCCUCUCCGGACUAAGCUCACACUCGUGGCAGCGAGCAACUGCCAGAGGCGACUCCACCGAUAGGUCCAGCCUCAUCCAGGCCUAUCAGACGCCUUCUAUGGCUGAGAUGCUCACCCGGUCUCAAGCUACAUUACUAGGUAGCCCUUCAGCCCAGAGGCUAAUGCAACCACUAUUAUCGCUUGGGUUGCACCCAAAGCCGAGGUAACUGCAUAAGACUCGGUUUACGUGUUGUCUAGUGGCUUUUCAAGUGCCUGUUUUUUGUUGUACCGUGGGGGCGAGGGGUUUGGAUUGGCACGAUUGGAAGAGGUUCUUUUUGAGAUCUGGCCAUGCUUUCAUGUGUAAAUGAAUAAGAUUCGAGAGAAGGGAAAGAGGGUUAUAUUAGAGGGGGAGUGUGACAAGGAAUACUUGGUGGGGUUUUAAGACAGUUUUGUUUCGGUCCGUCUGUUGUUUUUCUGGGGGUGAUGAUGUACAUAAACAGAACUGGGCUCUCUUUCUGAGAAUUGGGUAUAACGUUUGUAACUGUGGCAAAGGUGAUAUAAUGUACCUCCUCUUAAUUCUUUUGA